AUGGCGGAUAAUCGAGUCUCGCAGUUGACUGGGCAUUUAAUUCCUCCACGCGGCUACCUCACUGGUCAAACCGCCAUCGUCACUGGCGCUGGUCAAGGUAUUGGUGCUGCCAUUGCUGAAUUAUUUUUCAACGAAGGAGCAAAAGUGAUCAUCUCAGACAUUGAUGCUGCCAAGGCGAAUGCGGUGGCGGACAAGCUCAACGCUUUGAUUGGCGGGAGAGCGUUGGCUGUGCCGGGCGAUAUCACUGACGCUAGCACCACGAGGCAAUUAGUGCAGGAAGCCGUCAAAUUUGGAAACGGCAAACUUCAUAUCAUUGUGAAUAAUGCAGGCUAUACAUGGGAUGCGGUAGUUCAUAAGACAAGUGAUCAACAGUGGGACGCGAUGGUCGCCAUCCACGGCAGUGCACCCUUCAGGAUUAUUCGCGAAGCCGCGCCAUAUUUUCGUGUGAAAGACGGUGAACCGCGAAGUAUUGUCAACAUCAGCAGUGCAAGCGGAAUACACGGCGCAGCAGGACAAGCGAACUAUGCAUGGGCCAAAGCCGGUCUCGUUGGCCUUACGAAAACAAUAUGCAAGGAAUGGGGCCCUCAAUUCGGUGUCCGAGCCAAUACUGUAUCGUUUGGUCACAUAGAAACGCGACUGACAACUGGGAAGGAAAAGGGCCAUACUAUGACUUUGUCUGAUGGAACCCAAGUGGCAUUGGGCAUUCCCGGCGCUACGCAAAAGUCUGCGACUGGCAACCGCUAUGCUGAUAUCCCGUUACAGAGGGCGGCCACGCCCUUCGAAGCCGCUGGGGCAGUCCUGGCUGUUGUUAGUCCUUUGAUGAGCUAUGUGGAUGGACAGACAAUUGAGGUCACUGGAGGAAGAUGGAUAUAG